GUUUGGCAAGCACUAAAUCAAUUCCUGGUUCCAAACAAUGUGCUGAAAGAAUUGAGAAAGAAUAGACUGGAUGUUUUGAGAAAGAAUAGACUGGAUGUUUUGAGAAAGAAUAGACGGGCUGUUUGAGAAAGAAUAGACUGGAUGUUUUGAGAAAGAAUAGACUGGAUGUUUUGUAUACAGAGAGAUAUUUUUAAGGGGAGCCACAAAAAAAAAAAAAGUAGCCGUUUUUUGUUCAGUGGACUUUGUUUUUUCUCGCUUAUGUUGCAAGGACGGUAUGUGCUGACAACUUUUUAAGCAGCAGCGAUGCGAGUGACGGCCGUGGCUGUCCUGCUGGCCUCGUGGUGGCUCCCGUGGCUGCCCGCUCUGCCCUCGAGCCUCCCGGCCGCGUCGUCCUUCCAGUCAGAGAGCGCUCUGAACCACCUCCUGCUUGACCCCGCCACGGGGCACCUGUACGUGGGCGCCGUGGACCGCCUCUUCCACCUCUCGGGGGAUCUGGAGCUGCUCUCGCGGGGCGUGACGGGGCCGCGGAUGGACAGCCCGGACUGCCUGCCCCCAAUCAACCGGGAGUGCCAGCAAGCCACGGAGACCAACAACCACAACAAGCUGCUCCUGCUGGGAGCUCCCAGGGAGGAGGGCAGCCUCAUAGUGUGCGGGACCGUCUUCCAAGGCAUCUGCGAGAAGCGCAGCCUGGGCAACGUGUCCGUGGUCCUGUACCGCACCGAGAAUCCCGUGGACACCCAGUACGUGGCAGCCAACGACCCGCGGGUGACCACGGUGGGCGUGGUGGUGGUGGCGGAGGAGCUGGAGGAGCCGCUGCUGUUCGUGGGCCGCGGCUACACCAGCAAGGGCCCUGGCGGGGUGCCACCGAUCACCACGAGGCACCUGGGGGGCCACAACAUCUUCACCCACGAGGAGCUGGGCAAGCUGGUGGUGGGCAGCUACUCGGAGUACAACAACAACUUCGUGGCGGCCCUCCGUGCCGGCGGCCACGUCUACUUCGUCUUCUUCCGGCGCGACCGCAGGGCCAAGCGGGAGUACCGCACGUACGUGUCCCGGCUGUGCGUCGGCGACCGCAGCUUCUACUCCUACGUGGAAGUGCCACUCCGCUGCGCCGCGGGGGAGAAGGUCUACAAUCUGGCCCAGGCCACGUUUCUGUCCACGGCGGAGGACGGCGAGGCCACGCUGUACGUGGUCAUGGCCGCCGGGACGGCCUCCACGCCCGCCCCCACGCGGGACACGGCUCUGUGCGUGUUCCCCCUGGCGGAGCUCGACGGGGCGAUCGUGCGAGCGCAGGAGCUGUGCUACGAGGAGGAGGGGCGGAGCGAGGAGGCUUACAUCGAGUACGAGGUGAACUCGCAGUGCACCAGACUCUUGCCGGACUCUGUGCGUUCCUACCCCUGUGGGUACGAACACACCCCCAGCCCCAUCGCCAGCUCCGUGCCCGUGGAGACCACACCCGCCGUCACCAUGGAAACGCAGCUCUCUGCUGUCGCCGCGACGACCGAAGCGGGCCAUACCAUUGUGCUGCUGGGGGACAGCCAGGGGCAACUCCACAAGGUUUUUCUGCAGUCUCGUUCCCACGGAGAGGUGUACAGCAGUGAGACGGUGCAGCCCGGGUCUCCAGUCAGCGCUGAUCUGCUGCUUGAUGACGUCAGAGAGCACGUCUACGUCAUGACAGCCUUCACGGUCAGCAAGCUGCCAGUGUCCUCGUGCGGCCGACACACAGACUGUGGCUCCUGCCUCGCUGCCCGAGACCCUCACUGCGGGUGGUGUGUUCUGCAGGGGAGCUGCACCCGGAAGGCGGAAUGUGAGCGUUUCGAACAGGCCAAUCACUGGCUGUGGAGCUAUCGCCAGGGGGAGGAGUGUGUUGCCGUGCAGAGGGUCAGCCCAGCCAAUCGGAGCCGAGAUGAGCCGACAGAGGUGUCUCUCACUGUGCAGCGGCUGCCCUGCCUGGGGGCGGGAGAGUCGUUCUCCUGCAUGUUCGGGACUCUGCCGGGCCAGCCGGCUGUCGUCACGGGAACCGAGGUCACCUGCCAGUCACCCCCGCCCGAGCAGGUCCCGCCCAGCGACCCGGGCAAAGACCACGUCGUGGUCAGUCUGUCGCUGAAGUUCAAUGGCGUUGCCGUGGCCGCCACGGAAUUCAUCUUCUACGACUGCAGCGCCGUGUCGGGGCUCAGCGUUAGGGCACCGUGUCGCAGGUGUGUCGGCAGUGACUGGGAGUGUAACUGGUGCCUCCUGGAGCAUUCCUGUACCCACGAGGAGAGCUGCCCAGCCCAUCAGAUCAUCUUCAACCACAAGUUCAUUCCAAACAAACUAACCCCCAUUCUCCCGACUAAUAGCCCUUUCAUCCCUCCCUCUGCAUCCACAACCAAUCGCCAGCCUGUGUCCGUCCCCAGCCCUGCCUCUUCCCAUACUUUAUCCAAUCAAAUCACUAGUUCCCCUCCCGAACCAUCCCAGCCUCCAAUCCGAUCGCAGCUACCAGGUUCUGCGGCCCCACCCACAACUGGAAGCCCCUCCUCUGUCCCUGGGUGGGCCACGCCCCCUGUGGGUUUUGACUUUUCUGAUUGGAUUGACUGGGAAGAGGUCAGCAAUGGUCCCUCCUUCUCAUUGGCUGAGGAGGCCAGUUUGAUUUCUGACCCUUGGGAGCCCGUGGCUUUAAAAUCUGAAAAGCAGAGACUACAACCAAUCAGAGGCCCCGAUUCUUGCCCGUGCACCAGUGGUAUACUGGGAUCCUCGCUGGUUCCAGUUGGCUUUGAGACGCAGCUGAUUCUGGAGGGGAAGAACCUGGACUUGUUUGAGGACCCAGCUCCGGAUUACCACUGUGUGCUGGAGAUCGGAGAGGCCAACCAGCGCCUCCCUGCCAAGCUGAACCGCAACCCCCAGGACCCAGCCUCCUACCACAUCACCUGCCAGAGCCAGCAGUAUCACUACUCCGUCCCAGUCCCUGAAUACACAGUACCAGUGUACCUACAGAGAGGGUCUUCGCAUCGCAUUGACAGCCACCCUGAUGUGAACGUGACCCUGUAUAACUGCUCCGUGGGCCAGUCUGACUGCAGCCGCUGCAAGGCUGGGGAGCCCCGGCACAGCUGUGUGUGGUGCGGAGGGGAGCAGCCUGGCUGUGUGUAUCGGGGGUCCUGCCGGGAUGAGGUGGUGGAGUCCUGUCCCGACCCCAUCGUUCACUCUAUCGAACCCGUGGCCGGUCCCCUGGAAGGAAACAUCGCCCUGACAAUCACGGGUUCGAACCUGGGGCAGCGGUUUGAGGAGAUCGAGCUCACGGUGAGCGCGGCAGGGCUGAGCUGCACACCGGACCGGAACCACUACCAAAUAUCUAUCAGGAUCGUGUGUGCUGUGUCCCCCAGCGUGGGGGACACCUCGGGGCCGGUCAGGGUGAUUGUGGGGGACCGGGAGCCCGCUGUGUCCACGCAGGUCUUCACUUACCAGAACCCAGAGCUGACGUCAGUCUUUCCAGAGAAAGGUCCCGUAGCGGGCGGGACGUCCCUCACCAUUAACGGGACCAAACUGAAGACGGGGCAGCCCAGUGAUGUCACCGCGUUCGUGGGUCACGUGCCCUGUGAAAUGGUGGAAGUGGAAGACACUUUUUUGGUGUGCCGCACCGACCCGGCCAAUCAGACGGAAGCACUUCCUGUCAGGGUGCUGUUCGGCCAGGCAGAGAGGACGCUGGGAAACGUAGUCUUUCACUUCAGAGAAAAUCCAUUCAUCGCUAAAACAAACGCGUCAAAGAGCUUCUACAGUGGUGGGCGUGUCAUUCAGGUGAGUGGUCGGAACCUCGACGUGGUUCAGAACCCUCUCCUCCAGGUGUGGGCGGAGCCUUCGGAAGGUGGGUGGAGACGAAGGAGGGGGCUCGGCCAAUCCCAAGCCAGGCAUCAACGCAGCACUGAAAACAGCACUCUGAAAGAGUUUUCCGAGGUGUGUGCGGUUCAGUCCUCGGAGGUCAUGGAGUGCCCCUCGCCCCAGGUCCCGGGAGGAUGGGGGGUCUCGGGGGUGCUGUUCGUUUUGGAUAACCUCAGGGUCCCGUUCAGCAGUGUGGGGACGGGGGAAGAGUUCCUGUACUAUCCGGACCCCGUCUUCAAGCCCCUCACCGAAGACACGGAGCAGCCCUACCACUUCAAACCGGGCAGCGUGAUCAUGGUGGAGGGGACGGGUCUGACCCUGGCGAUGACCCGGGCGGAGGUGUCUGCGCGGGUCGGUGAUGCGGACUGUGCAGUGAAGACGCUGGACGAUGUGCACCUGUACUGCGAACCCCCCCCGACGCAGCCAGCCUCACUGCAGGGAGGGGGAGCCCUGCCGGAGUUCAUCGUGCAGAUGGGUGGACUCCAGUUGAAGCUGGGCCGGGUGCAGUACGACUCUGCCGAGCCGUCUCUCUUCCCUCUCGGUGCUCAGAUGGGGCUGGCGGUGGGGGCCGUGCUGGUGGUGCUGGGGGUGCUGGUCGUUGUUUUCAUGUACAGGCGCAAGAGCAAGCAGGCAGUGAGGGAUUACAAGAAGGUCCUGGUGCAGCUGGAGAACCUGGAGAUCAACGUGGGGGAACAGUGCAGGAAGGAGUUCACUGACCUGAUGACUGAGAUGGACCUGACCAGUGAUCUGGGGGGUCCGGGGAUCCCCUAUCGGGAUUACCGCUCGUACGCGGAGCGGGUCUUCUUCCCCGGGCAUCGCGAGUGCCCCCUCAGGACAGGGCUGGACGUGCCCGAGUCCCGCAGGCAGACCGUGGAGCAGGGCCUGGAACAGCUGUCCAGGCUGCUCAACAGCAAGCUGUUCCUCAUCAAGUUCAUCCACACAUUGGAGAUGCAGCCCGGCUUCUCUCAGCGUGAUCGUGGGUACGUGGCCUCCCUGCUCACCAUGGCGCUCCACGGGAAGAUGGAGUACCUCACUGACAUCAUGAAGACUCUGCUCGGGGACCUCGUGGAACAGUACGUGGCCAAGAACCCCAAACUCAUGCUGCGCAGAACGGAGACCGUGGUUGAGAAGCUCCUUUCGAACUGGAUGUCCAUCUGUCUCUACUCCUUCCUCAGGGAUACCGCUGGAGAGCCGCUGUACAUGCUGUACCGAGCCAUCAAGUACCAGGUUGACAAGGGCCCGGUGGACGCGGUGAGCGGGAAGGCGAAGAGGACCCUCAAUGACAGCCACCUUCUGAGAGAGGACCUGGAGUAUCACGCGCUGACCCUGACGGUUCUGAUGAAGGGGAGCGGAGGGGAGAUCCAGCCCAGUCCGGUCCGAGUUCUGGACACAGACACCAUCACCCAGGUGAAGGAGAAGAUACUGGACCAGAUCCACAAGGGGGCACCCUUCUCCCAGAGACCCUCUGCAUUGAACCUGGACCUGGAGUGGCGGUCGGGCGUGGCCGGUCACCUGACUCUCUCUGACGACGAUGUCACCGCUGUGGUUCAAGGAAGGUGGAAGAGAGUCAACACGCUGCAGCACUACAAGGUUCCUGAUGGUGCCACAGUCGCUCUGAUUCCCAGAAUGCACAGCGGCAUCCAGCAGGGCCUGAACCCAGCGUACCCGACCACUGAAAAAACGGCCAUGCUGGAAGACGGCGAGGAGGGGGGUUUGAAGCUGUGGCACUUGGUGAAGUCCGCAGAGGAGCCGGAGGUUUCCAAGCACAGGAAGAGCAGCCUGAGGGAGCGGGAGAGAGCCAAGGCUGUGCCCGAGAUAUUCCUCACCCGGCUGCUCUCCAUGAAGGGCACGCUGCAGAAGUUCGUGGACGAUGUUUUUCAAGCCAUUCUGAACACCAGCCGGCCCGUCCCCAUCGCGGUCAGGUACUUCUUUGACUUUCUGGAUGAGGUGGCGGAGAAACACGGGAUCGAAGACAAGGAGACUGUGCACAUCUGGAAAACAAACAGUUUGCCGCUGCGGUUCUGGGUGAACAUUCUGAAGAACCCGCAGUUCAUCCUGGACGUGCAGGUGCCCAACAGCGUGGACGCCGUCCUGUCCGUGAUCGCCCAGACCUUCAUCGACUCCUGCACCACCUCGGAGCACAAAGUGGGGCGCGAUUCACCUGUUAAUAAGCUUCUGUAUGCAAGAGAGAUCCCACAGUACAGAAAGCUCGUUGAGAAGUACUACAGUGAUAUUCACCAGACUGUGUCUGGAUGCUACCAGGAGAUGAAUUCGACGCUCACAGAGCUGUCUGGGAGCUGUGCAUCGGAGAUGAACAGCAUGGUGGCCCUGCAUGAACUGUACAAGUACAUCAACAAGUAUUACGAUCAGGUCAUCAUCGCUUUGGAAGAGGACCCCACAGCGCAGAAGAUGCAGCUGGCUUACCGGCUUCAGCAAGUGGCCGCUUUCGUGGAGAACAAAGUGACAGACUUGUGAUGAUCUUCAGGAGGAACCGCUUCCGGUUCCAGCAGAGGAAAGCACACCGGCUGGGAGGACUGAAUACAAGAAAACCAGUUUUGUUAAAGGGACCAGCAGCUAGGAAAGGGGUGCACCCUCGAUUUUUAUUUUAGAAACCGGGGUUUAUGGACUUUGGGUUUCAUCUACUGGGGAAGCAAACAAACCGUGCCUCUCUCUUUAUCCACAAAAAAUUGUGUUUGUUUGUUUUUUGUUUUAUGAUUUGUGAGGUUAAAGUUUAAUUACAACAAAUCCUAUAUAUAUAUAUAAUUUAGAUAUUUUAUUUAACAUGUAAUCAUGUUAAAGUUAUAUUGCAAAAAGUCUACCGGAAGCCAUGAUAGUAGUACAGUAGCAUUUCAUGUUAGAUUUUUGAAAUGUCACAUUUUUAAAUUCUUGUAAGUUUUUCUUUAAGUAUAUAUGUGAAAACUCCUCCAAAGCGGUGUGUGAUUCAAUAUGUUAACAAGGGAACAUUAUUCAGCAGCUUUCAUUGGACUCUAUGAAGCUGAGUGAGUUCAUUCUAUAUAGAGGGUGUGUGAUUCAAUAUGUUAACGAGGGAACAUUAUUCAGCAGCUUUCAUUGGACUCUAUGAAGCUGAGUGAGUUCAUUCUAUAUAGAGGGUGUGUAAUUCAAUAUGUUAACAAGGGAACAUUAUUCAGCAGCUUUCAUUGGACUCUAUGAAGCUGAGGGAGUUCAUUCUAUAUAGAGGGUGUGGAAUUCAAUAUGUUGACACACACACACACGCACGCACGCACACACUUAUUUAUGGCUGACAUCCUUCAUUUCAAUAAACUAUUUUUCCACUGUGAUUAAGAACUCAACCAUGUUUUAAAGUGUAUGUAUUUUUCAUGUGUGGAAUGUGUUUGUAUUUAUUUAUUUUUUGCAGUAGAUAGAAUGCUUGUUCUUUGCAUCGAAGUUGUCACACAGAUAGGUGUUUUUUUUCAGUGCUCUUUCGAAGCUUGGUGUAGGUUGUGGGGUUCUCUGCCAUGUUGGGAUAACAGUGACUGCUAUUGCCAAGAUUGGCUGAAGGGAGCCAUUGACCUUUAACCUGUAUAUAGUACAUAUUUUAUAUUUGAUAUAUGAAAACAAAACCGAUUUGUGCCUUUUUUACAAAACAAAAAUCCUGUCUCUUAACCUUUGUACUUUGUAGAGUCGAGAUCAAUGGUGUGUUUGUUUUGUAAAUGUGUGUUUAGAUAAGGCUUUUAACCAGUGUACAGUAUUUUGAGUGCGUUGUUUGCAGAUGUGUAUUUAUGUACUUAUAUGUAAUAUAAAAAUCGAAUGAGCAAAUAAAGCAUUUCAAUACAGCAA